GAAAAUAAGCAUAAGGGCACGAGGAUGAUCCUUAAAAGAGUAUUCAUAACAAUGGUUAUAUUCGCUUACUUCCAGUAUAGCUGGGUGUAUUAUUUGUGGAUGGGCCACCAAGCCCACUAUCAUUGUCCAAACACAUCGUUUUGCUCUCUUUUUCUGCAUUUAUAUUUCCUUACAACUAACUGGAUAAUGCACGAUUGGUACAAAGACUAGGUACGUUACGCAGAUAAAAAUGUAAUUCGAAAACUUUACAGUUUGUACAACUUUUUUGCCGAGCGAGGAUACACCUAAAAUUGUUUAGUAUACA